AUGAGCGCACUCAUCCAGUUGCGUGAUUCAACGGGUGGAUUCAUACAAGCUCGCGCUUUACUUGACACCUGUGCAACAGCUAAUUUCAUUACUGAAAAUUUGUCUAGCAAAUUAAAAUUACCAAUGCAAAACUGUUCUAUUCCGAUCGGGGCUGUUAAUGGAAUGCAAACCUUUUCAAAACAUGUCGUUCAAAUAAGUUGUAAAUCUUUAAAUAAUAAAUUUCAAAGAUCAUUAUCAUUUUUAACUGUUAACGAAAUUGCAGAGCUGAGUCCAAAUGAAAUCUUUCCACGUAAUAAAAUAGACAUACCUAAAAAGAUAAUACUUGCUGAUCCGGAAUUUCAUAUACCAAGACCCGUAGAUGUCCUUAUCGGUUCAGGAUGGGUUGUAGCGGGAGGAGUCAUUGACGACAAAAAUAUACUUUCUGUAACUUGUCAACUAACUGAUCUGUCGAGUCAAUUAACAAAAUUCUGGACUAUUGAAGACAUAAGUUCUAGUGAUUCUCGAUCUAUUGAGGAUUCUACAUGUGAGACUUAUUAUCAAAACACUACUAUUCGCGAUACAGACGGUCGAUAUAUAGUAAAACUACCCUUUCGCGCAGACGAUGUCGAGUUCGGGAAUUCCAAACAAAAGGCUCUAAAUAGAUUUCUGUCUUUACAGAAGAGAUUAAAUUCAGACUCAUCAUUAAAAUCCGAAUACAAUAAAAGUCAUGAAUGA